AUCUCAACAAAUUAUCAAUUUUUUUUUUUUGAUUUAAUAAAGUUGAAAUCUUUGUAUUAAUAUGCAGUUUCUUUUAUUGAUCAAGUAUAUUUUAAGUAUAGAUGAUGUUGGGUAGAUGAAUUUUGGUUUUGGGAUGGUUAAAUCUUGGAUCCAUUGUAUUGAAAGACUGUUUAGUAUGUGUUAUACUGAAUUGAGCUAAUACUGAUAUUGAUCUGGGUUUUUUUUCAACUAAAACCAGAUAUUGAUCAUGAUUUUUUUUGUUAUUCAAAAGUUAUAGUAAAGUAAGAUCUUUAAAAAUUGCAUCUUUUUCUAGUGGACAGCACAGCUUCAAUCUGACUAUGAAGACCUAUAACUUGUCGAUAAGCUAGACCUAUACUGUGUGUUAUUUCAUUCCAUAAAUAAACUCGAAAACUCGAGAAAUCUGUUGGACAGGUGGAUUCACAUCUCUUACGACCAAUAUAGACAUCUUUUAUGAUGUGGUGCAUUGGAUGUCUUAACCAGAGGUCUCGAUGUUGAGCCCGGAUAUGGAAAAAUACUUGGUAGGGAGCGAUUUUACGCUGCCCAAAUACGGAUUAGUCAAAGCUAAACCCGCAAAAAGCAGUCCUCUGUUGGUGGAGCAGAACAAUUUUGUUAUCCUUGAGUUUGUAGUUAAUAUGGUCUAUCAUAUGGUUUAAUAUAGCUCAAGAAUGAUUUGAAUUCUUUGGAGACAGUAAUGGAGUUGAUGUUUGCUCUUUUCUAUUAUGAAAAAAUAAUCUUAAAACUUGUCAAUUCAAUUAGUCCUGUUAUUUGUGAAUUUGGUGAAUAUUAUGUCUCCUGAAUCUAUGGGUUUAAUUGUUGUACUUCUUGGAUUUGACACAUAUAUUAAGUUUCCCUUUACCAUAGAUUUUGAACUUGAAACUUGAAAAAUCGAGUUUUUGAACAUGUAUUUUACUUGAAAUUUUUUUGAAGUUAUGUGAGUGGAAGUUCAAAAAUCCAAAAACUAGUCUGAGUCAGGUUUUGGGAACUUGAAAUAUUUGAAGAUUCAAAAUUCAUGGCCGAAUAGAUUUUUGAAGAUAAAUAUUCCAAAUUUACUCGUAAAAUAUAUGGUCAAACACUAGCUAAGAAAAGAAAAAGGUUCCAAUGGUCAGCUGCCACUGAUCUACUUUAACUGCUAAAAUUUGUACUAAUGAGUCUUUUUUAUCAGAUAUUCAAAUACCCUUUGAGUUCUAGUAACAUGGGAUCUUACAUGAAUUUCAAGAACGUUGCUGACACGCCACAGCUGGAGAGCAACGGGGGGAAGUCAAUUGGUAAUGGUGAUUUCCCUUUGGCUAGGCAAUCUUCGAUAUACUCGUUGACGUUUGAUGAGCUUCAAACUACAUUUAGUGGACUUGGAAAAGAUUUUGGAUCAAUAAAUAUGGAGGAACUGUUGAAAAGCAUUUGGACAGCUGAAGAGUCUCAAGCUGUGACAUCUUCUACUGGUGGAGGAGGAGAUGGGAAUGCACCUGUAGGAAAUCUACAGAGGCAAGGUUCUUUGACAUUACCUCGGACACUUAGUCAGAAAACUGUUGAUGAAGUAUGGAGAAACUUUCAAAAAGAAACUACAGUAUGUACCAAAGACGGAAGUGACACUGGGAAAUCAAACUUUGGGCAGAGGCAGUCUACCUUGGGAGAAAUGACAUUGGAGGAGUUUCUGGUGAAAGCAGGUGUAGUUGGAGAAGAUAUGCAAUCUACUUCAAACUCAAGUGGUAUUACAUUUAACAAUGGUUCAAGUCAACAGAACAACAACAAUGGUUUCAACAUAGCAUUUCAGCAGCCAACUCAAAACACUGGACUGUUGAUUAAUCAAAUUGCAGCCAAUAACAUGUUGAAUGUGGUUGAUCCCACAGCCUCACAGCAACAACAACCUCAGAAGCAACAGCCUCUUUUCCCCAAGCAAACAACAGUGGCAUUUUCAUCUCCUAUGCAGCUAUCAAACAAUGGACACCUGGCUAGCCCUCGAACAAGGGCUCCUGCUGUUGGAAUGUCCAGUCCUUCUGUAAAUGCUAAUAUGGCUCAAGGCGGAGUUAUGGGGAUGACAGGAUUUUAUAAUGGAGUUUCACCAGCAAAAGGAGGAUCCCCUGGAAACGAUUUUGUUGCAAGGAGCAAUGUGGAUACAUCGUCUCUUUCACCUUCCCCUUAUGCAUAUAGUGAAGGUGGAAGGGGAAGGAGAUCCGGUAGUUCUUUGGAAAAAGUUGUGGAGCGAAGGCGUAGGAGGAUGAUUAAGAACAGAGAAUCUGCAGCUAGAUCAAGGGCUCGGAAGCAGGCCUAUACUUUAGAGUUGGAAGCUGAAGUGGCAAAGCUAAAAAAAAUUAAUGAAGAGUUGCGGAAGAAACAGGCUGAAAUUAUUGAGAACCAGAAAAAUCAGCUAACCGAUAAAAGGAAUAUGCCACGUGGAUAUAAAUUAAGAUGCUUGAGAAGGACACUGACAGGACCUUGGUAGAAGAAUAUGGAGUUGAAGCAAAAAUUGCUGAGUACAAGCAUAGGCAAUAGUUAUGAUCUGAUUCAGAUCUACCUUCUUCACAUGUGUGGUAACCUUAUGUAUGGUAAUGAGAUGGUAUACCCAUUUAUGUACAUUAUGUAAACGAUUUGCUUGUAUGAAUUCCUCUGUGUACUUUUAAUUUGCUUCACACAUUUUAGUCAUA